AUGAAUUCCACCACAACGUUAGACGGCGCUAUACAUCAUUUACUUAUACAACUGGAAAGGGUUCUGGAUAAACAGAAGAAGAAUGAAGCGGUUCAAUGUUUCUGUCAUUGCUUAGAAAACAACCAGAGCUCAAAUUGCAAACAUUUAGGUCGUGUUGUGCCGAUGAUGGCAACAGAAAACGAAGAAAACGGAACAGACAUGCAAUUCGAGUCAGACGAGUCUGCAUACUCUCUGGCGAGGCUGAAGCUGGAGAGCCUUUUGAACAAGAACAUGCGGAUCCGUAUGACAGACGGCCGCACACUCGUGGGGCUGUUCUUGUGCACUGAUCGGGACUGCAACGUCAUUCUCGGCUCUGCUCAGGAGUUCCUCAAAUCCACAGACUCGUUCUCACAAGGAGAGCCAAGGGUACUGGGCCUCGCCAUGAUUCCAGGGCACCAUGUCGUCUCCAUUGAAGUGGAAUCUGAAAGUUUAGUCAACAGCUCCCAAGGGAUGUGAUGUCUAUCCGCUGAAAGACUGCAUUCAGCAUCCGGAUGACUGGAAGUUUGCAUGUGUUUGCAUUGGUGGACUGGCCACAAAAACUGACUUGAAGUCAAGAAUUCUGUCUUUGAAGCUUGUCAAGAGAUGAGGAAUUAUCUUCUUGGACAGCAGGUGGAAUUGACAGGUUUACUUACCAUUAUGUUAUGAUUGACAAAGCAGAUGUAUCCAGUCAACUCGGUGAACUGUAUAAAUGCUUUAUGGGUACCAUAUGCAGUGUUUUACAUUGUUGUAAUGAACAACAUUUGUUACA